AUGGCCUCAGGACGCGCUGACCGCGAGUCACAAAGCUCGUCGACGGAGUCCGCUGUCGCCAAACACAUACGGCCUGGCCUGACGUUUCGAGACAGCGCCGGCUCCAGCAUUGCUUCACGAGGCAGCAAUGGCGGUGAUAGGCACGAUGUCAUGGUCAAGUUCCUCUAUAGACGAGCUUCCCAGGCAAAGUGGCUGGAGCCUCCAGAAGACGAGUACGGCAUCGUAGAUGGCGGCGCGUCGAAUCUGGGUGUUCUACUGCGUCGGUCCGACGGGAUCUACACCGGAGAGCCUCUCUUCCUCAAUCCGGAUCUUGUGCGUGCUGUUGAAAGGCUCGGUGUCGCAGUAGCUUUCACAAUGUCUUCUGAGAUCACCCAUGCCUUGAUGCAGCAAGUCACACCUUUCCAGACUGAAUUCUCGCUUGACCCGAGAGGUUUCGUUCUUCCUAUCGCAAACUCGGUGCAUGAUAUCGCCACUGGGAGGUCCACGAUAUCCAGAGAUGCAUAUGUUUGUUUGUGUCGACAAGAACGGAUGGUGUUGGUCUGGGGUGACACUGUUCCGGGGAUUCUCGCUCACGGGACUGAUGUCGAGACGCGACUCCUUGGGUUUGUCUGGGGAUCGCAUAUCCCAUCGCACAAUCCGACUCCUCUGCUCCAGCGAACUCCGCAGUCGAUGCCUUCACCACCAGCAGGCUCUCUUGGUGGAGGUGCGCGAACUUCUUUGUUCCCCAUUUCCGCGCCUUUGACAGGAGGCAUUCCUUCGGAGAUGAGCGAGAAGAUUGGCGCCAUCGACAGGGCUCUUGAGGUGGAAGAGCUGGGAGAUCAAGCAUACGACCCAAACAAAGAGGCUGAGUUGCCCGAUAGACCAUUCCUUCUAGUGCAUGCUGUGACUAUUGGUAUCGCCAUGGUUUUGGUCAUUGUCGUAGAAAUGGCUUGUGUCGCAAAGUUGCUGACCGAGUACCGGCUCGAUGGAGGCAUGAUCCGCUUUGCGCUGGUUGCGACUAUCCCACUGUUUGCUUCGUUCUCACUGUUCUUCUUCAUCGUUAUUGGCGGUUCUUUGGGUCAGCUUUUCGGCCCUCUUUCAGCCCUGCAGGGAAAUAGUCUGUAUUACUCCGGGGUCAAGCCAAAGCGGAUGCGCCACCAGGAUUACGAACUUCCACAUGUCACUAUUCAAAUGCCUGUGUACAAGGAAGGCCUGAAAGGUGUGGUCAUUCCUACAGUGACUUCUCUCCUCGCAGCUGUACGGUAUUACGAGUCUUGCGGAGGCACGGCUUCAAUCUUCGUCAAUGAGGAUGGUAUGCGAUGUGUCUCGCCAGAGAUGCAAGAGGCACGCAAAGCAUUCUACGAGCUGAAUAACAUUGGCUGGGUGGCUCGUCCGAAGCACCAUGAACACACGAAAGAGAAGAGCGGCUGGUUCUCAAAGAAGAAGGACGACGACACCGAGAAAGGACCAGACACUGAGGAGGUUUUCAUUCGCGCAGGCCACUUCAAGAAGGCAUCGAACAUGAACUACUGCCUUGACUUUUCGCUGCGCGUGGAAGACGAAACACUUCGGCUUCUGGAAGAGCGAGCCCAGGAGCGCGGCUGCUCCUCUGAUGAUCUCACGGUGGAAGACGAAGACGAGCUAUACGAGCGAGCUAUGAAUGCCAUGCUCGAGAAAGACGAGGGUCGAACCUGGGCUGCAGGCAACAUCCGAAUUGGUGAGAUCAUCUUAAUUGUCGAUUCUGACACGCGUGUGCCAGAGGACUGUCUGCUGUAUGGCGCCCUGGAGAUGCAUGAAAGCCCGGAAGUUGCUCUCAUCCAGCACGCCAGUGGCAUCAUGCAGGUCGUCAACAACGUUUUUGAAAACGGCAUCACUUACUUCACUGAUCUUGUGUACACCUCGAUUCAAUACGCUGUCGGAAAUGGUGAUUGCGCCCCCUUCGUUGGACACAACACAUUCAUCCGAUGGAAAGCCAUCCAAAGCAUUGCAUUCGAGGAAGAUGGCAUGACCAAGUUCUGGUCUGAGCAUCAUGUCUCGGAAGAUUUCGAUGUCAGUCUCCGGUUGCAGAUUAACAAGUUUGUUGUACGCCUAGCGACCUACCACAACGGCGGGUUCAAAGAAGGCGUUUCACUCACGGUAUACGAUGAACUUGCUCGGUGGGAGAAGUACGCUUAUGGCUGCAACGAACUUGUAUUCAAUCCCAUUGUCAGGUGGCCAACCCGCGGACCUAUCACCCCACUCUUCUGGAAGUUCCUUUGGAGCCCGAUCAAAGUCACGUCAAAAAUGACAAUCCUCGCAUACAUCGGAACCUACUACGCCAUCGCAUCUGCCAUCCCGCUCUCACUGGCCAACUACUGCGUCGUGGGCUGGUUCACCGACGAGGUCGACCAGUUUUACAUCACCAGCUGGAAGAUUUUCGUCGGCAUGGCCGCCGUGUUCAACGUCCUCUCACCCCUCGCAUACGCCAUGUUGCGCCACCGCCUCGGUCAAAAGACUUUCUUCUGGUCGCUCGUCGAGACCAUGAAAUGGAUGCCCUUCUUCCUGCUCUUCUUUGGAGGCAUCUCCUUCCACCUCUGCAAGGCCAUUUUCUGCCACUUCUUCAGCGUGCGCAUCGAAUGGACUACUACCGCCAAGGAGCUCACCGAGUCUGGCUUCCGCGUGGGCCUCGACCGCAUCGUGCGCGACUUCAAGUGGAUGUAUCUCUUCCUGGUGCCCGUCAUCGGCGGCAUGAUUUACUGUGCAUGCUUUGCGCCCCGCGGCUGGACCAUUAGCGAUUUCGCGGCUAUUGUGCCGCUUGCGAACCAGGUUGGGUGCCAUGCGCUGCUGCCGUUCGCGUUGGGUCUGUUCUGA